UAGCAAGCAAGGCCGGAUUUAGCAUUCAGCCAUGGCGGGCAUGGUGGUGACUGCUUCCAUGGGAGUAAUGAACUCGCUCCUGAAGAAGCUCACCGCCCUUCUGGGGGAUGAGUACAAGCUGCUCAAAGGCGCGAGGGACGAGGUGGCCUCCCUGAGGGACGAGAUGAGCAGCAUGGGCGCCCUGCUCGCCAGGAUGGACGGCAUGGAGGCGCUCGACGCGCAGCAGGCGGAGUGGAGGCGCAAGGUGCGGGAGAUGUCCUACGACAUGGAGGACUGCGUCGACCUCUUCAUGCGCCGCUUCGGCGAUGGGGCCGGCGGCGGCAACAGCAAGGCCGUUGGCGGGCUCGUUGCGCAGCUCAGGAUGCUGUGGUCACGGCACAACCUCGCCAGGAAGAUCCAGAAGCUGAAGGCCCGUGUGGAGGACGAGAGCCGUCGGCGUGGCAGGUACAGGCUGCUUGACGACCACGCCGCCCGGGGGAAUCAGCAACCUUCUGCAUCUCCUGUUACCAUGGAUCCGAGGAUCUCGGCGCUGUACGAGGAGGCGACUGCCCUCGUGGGCAUCGAUGCCUCCCUGCGCAAGGCCAUCGGGUGGCUGACUGAUGAGGAAGAAGGGGAAGGAGCACGGAGGCAGCAGCUUCGAGUGGUGUCCAUCGUCGGGUUCGGUGGCAUAGGCAAGUCAACUCUUGCAAGAAGAGCGUACAAUGAAACCCGAGGCCAAUUCGACUGCUCAGCUUUCGUGUCCGUGUCUCGUAGCCCAAAUACGAAGAGGAUUUUUGCAGACAUACUAUCAGGAGUCGGGUCUCAGUGCGAUGUCUCCACGGACUCUGAGCAUCAACUCAUCGACAAGCUUAGAGAACAUCUCCAAGACAAGAGGUACCUCAUUGUGAUUGAUGACAUUUGGAGUGAAAACGCAUGGAAGAUAAUCAGCUGUGCUUUCGUGGAGAACUACCGUAGAAGCAGAGUCAUAACAACCACACGCCACCAAAAUGUAGCUUCAGCGUGCUUGCACACCCGUAAUUUUCACGGGCAUGUUCACAGGGUCGAGCCGCUAAAUAAUGAAGACUCAAGAAGACUGUUCUUCAGAAGAGUUUUCAACUCUGAGGAUUGCCCUGAGGAUUUUCAAACUACUUCAGAGCAGAUUCUAAAGAAGUGUGGAGGCGUGCCUUUGGCCAUAAUUAGCCUUGCGAGCACGUUGGCUUGCCAGAAUAAUGUCAUGGUGAUAGAGACAUGGGAGAAGAUGUUGAACUCUCUAUGCUAUAGGCUGGAAACAAGUCCUAGCCUAGAGUGGAUGAGGCAUGUCCUGGACCUUAGCUACAAGGAUCUUUGCCCAAAUCUAAGAGCAUGCAUGCUCUACCUUGGUAUAUUUCCAGAAGAUUGGGUAAUCAGUAAGGAUGAUUUGGUGAGGAGAUGGAUUGCCGAAGGUUUUGUUUGUGAUGCGUAUGGACAUGUUCCGGAGGAGAUUGCGGAAGGCUAUUUUAUUGAACUCAUCAACCGGAGCAUUAUCCAAGUAGCUGAGUUCAACGAGUACAACGAAGCCAUAUCCUGUCGGGUGCAUGACAUAAUGCUUGAUUUCAUCAUAUCCAAGGCCACGGAGGACAACUUCUUUGCUAUAGUGGGCACCGCUGAUCAGCAGCACAUCAGGACCGGGAAUCCGUCCAUUCGUAGAGUCAGCUUUCGCAUCGACCACAUGGAAUGCGACCGGGUACGAUUGCUUGGGGCGCAGUCCUCCUCCUCCAACUAA